AUGUUUAGACAGACAAAGAGAAGAACAGCGGGAAGAAGAAACUUCGAGGAAGUCUCGUCGUACGCUGAGUCUUCUAGGGCAGUGUACCCAUCGAGAUUAUCGUUCUAUGACUUACCUCCUUUGGAAGAGAUCACCUUGGAGGAGUUUGAAAGUUGGGCUAUUGAUAGGUUGAAGAUUUUGAUUGAGAUUGAAUCGUGUUUGGCUAGAUCUAAGCCUUUGAAGGAUAUUGAGACCGUGGUGAAACCGCUUUUGCUUAAGUUCUUGCCUUUGACUCCAUCCCCUACAUCGGGUUCAGAUGCGCAGGUUAUUGCUGAAAGAAAGAAGGACUACUACUCCCAUUACACGUUGCGUCUUGUGUUUUGUCGUACCGAGGAGCUCAGAAAGAAGUUUUUAAAGAACGAGACUACUUUGUUUAAGAUCAGAUACAACAUGCUUCAGCCAAAGGAGCAGUUGGAGUUUGCCAAGUUGUACAGUGAUAAGUUGAUGUGGGAGUAUAUUUCCAACGAGGAGAAGAUUGAGAACUUGGACGCGUUGGUGGCCGCUUCUGGACCUGUCAUUCGUACCAUUUUGACUAUUGACAAUUCUGGAGAUUCCAACUUCUCUAUAACUGCCGAACAACUAAGGCAUCACAUUCGCAACAAGGAGAGUUUCAUCAAGUUACCGUUUGAGAAGGUUCCUAACUUGGUCUCGCUGAGACAGGUUUACCUCCGCCGUGGUUAUGCAUACAUUCCAUCUACAUUGCAAGUGAGCUUGCUCUCUGUUGUCUUUUCUGAACUGUUGAGCCAGUCGCUUCUCAAGACCUUCCAGGCGAUCCCAAGACUUGAAGAGGAUGACCGUUUGUUGCCUCUUCUCAAUAACUUAUCGCGUAAUUUCGCCAGCAUUCAAUAUGACAGUUUUGGUGACCCAGAGAAGGCUUCAGAUAUCAAUGCUACGUCUGUUACCACGCCUCAGAUAUCCAAACACUAUCCUCUCUGUGCUUCUCACCUUCAAAAGUCGUUGGUGGCCAACUCCCAUUUGAAAUACAAUGCCAGACAACAGCUUGGAUUGUUCCUUAAAGGUAUUGGUCUUAAUGUCGAUGAGGCAAUGAAGUUCUGGUCUUUCCAAUUCACAAAGUCCUCCAAGAUGAACAUGGAUACCUUUAACAAAGAAUACAGAUAUAACGUCAGACAUUCUUACGGUUUGGAAGGUGGUCGUAUCAACUACAAGCCCUGGGACUGUGCUACGAUUCUACUGAAGCCGAAGCCACAAAAGGGUGAAUACCAUGGUUGUCCAUACCGUGACUUGCCUCUAGAACUGUUGGUAGACACGUUAGGUCAGAUGGGUAUUCUGGACCAGCAUGACAUCAAUGGCAUUGUCGAAGACGUGAACAAGAACGAUUACACAGUUGCUUGCACGCGUGUUUUCGAAAUCACACACAAGCAGCAGCUUCAAGGCCGUAAUGAGAAUCUUCACAUCAACCAUCCUAACUUGUACUUUGACAGGUCGAGACAGUUGGAGAGAAACGAUGUCAAGACCGUGGGAGCUGCUAAGUAA